CUUUGCAUAGCGUGGUUUCGCCCGCGUGAGAGGCAGUGUGCGCCGCGCGGUGUGUGAGAAAUCGGAGAUUUGGUGAAUUAAUUCCAGCAGCUCGCAGAAUGGACUCUUCCCUGACCGCCGCCCAGAUCCGGGAGAAGUUCAUUGACUUCUUCCGGCGACACGAGCACCAGUACGUGCACUCCUCCGCCACCAUCCCCCUGGACGACCCCACCCUGCUCUUCGCCAACGCCGGCAUGAACCAGUUUAAGCCCAUCUUCCUGAACACCAUCGACCCCGCCCACCCCAUGGCCCGCCUCCGGCGUGCGGCGAACACUCAGAAGUGCAUCCGCGCUGGGGGCAAGCACAACGACCUGGACGACGUGGGCAAGGACGUCUACCACCAUACUUUCUUUGAGAUGCUGGGGUCCUGGUCUUUCGGGGACUACUUUAAGCACCUGGCCUGUGAGAUGGCUCUGGAGCUGCUGACGAAAGAGUUUGGGAUCCCCAUCGAGCGCCUGUAUGUCACCUACUUCGGGGGGCAUGAGGAGGCGGGGCUGGAGCCAGACCUAGAGUGCAAGCAGAUCUGGCUGGAUUUGGGUAUGGAGGAGAGCCGCAUUCUGCCCGGCAGCAUGAAGGAUAACUUCUGGGAGAUGGGGGACACAGGCCCCUGCGGCCCCUGCAGCGAGAUCCACUACGACCGCAUCGGGGGCCGUGACGCUGCACACCUCGUCAACAUGGACGACCCCAACGUGCUGGAGAUCUGGAACCUGGUGUUCAUCCAGUUCAACAGGGAAUCGGAGACGGAGCUGAAGCCGCUGCCUAAGAAGAGCAUUGACACUGGCAUGGGCCUGGAGCGGCUGGUGUCUGUCCUGCAGAACAAGAUGUCCAACUACGACACCGACCUCUUCAUCCCCUACUUCCAGGCCAUCCAGAAGGGUACCGGAGCGCGGCCGUACUCAGGGAAGGUUGGCGCGGAGGACAGCGAUGGCAUCGACAUGGCGUACCGUGUCCUGGCUGACCACGCCCGCACCAUCACCAUCGCCCUGUCCGACGGGGGGCGGCCCGAUAACACCGGCAGGGGGUAUGUUCUGAGGAGGAUUCUGCGUCGUGCGGUCAGGUACUCCCAUGAGAAGCUGGGGGCUCAGAGAGGAUUCUUCGCCUCCCUGGUGGAUGUGGUGGUGGAGUCGCUGGGUGAAGCCUUUCCUGAGCUGAAGAAGGACCCUGACAUGGUGAAGGACAUCAUCAACGAGGAGGAGGCGCAGUUCCUCAAGACCCUCAGCAGGGGGCGUCGCAUCCUGGACAGGAAGAUUCAGAGCCUUGGGGACAGCCAGACCAUCCCAGGGGACACCGCCUGGCUGCUGUACGACACCUACGGCUUCCCACUGGACCUGACCGCCCUCAUCGCCGAGGAGAGGGGCCUGGGAGUGGACAUGGACAGCUUCGAGGAGGAGAAGAAGGCUGCACAGGUGCGCUCCCAGGGGAAGGGUGCAGGUGAGGAGGAUCAUAUCAUGCUGGAUAUCUACGCCAUCGAGGAGCUGCGUAACAAGGGCGUCCCGGCCACUGACGACUCCCCCAAAUACCGCUACACCUCCGAGAACGACGGCAGCUACGCGUUCGAGCAGGCUGUGGGGACCGUGCUGGCAUUGAGGAGGGAGCGUAUGUUCGUGGAUGAGGUGACGACAGGGCAGGAGUGUGGGGUGGUGCUGGACCAGACGUCCUUCUACGCCGAGCAGGGCGGCCAGACCUACGACGAGGGCUUCAUGCUGAGAGAGGAGGACACCGCCGAGGACAGGAUGGAGUUCACAGUGAAGAAUACUCAGGUGCGGGGCGGGUACGUGCUACAUGUGGGGACGGUGUACGGCACACUGAAGGUCGGAGACCGGGUCACGCUGCACGUUGAUGAGGCCCGGCGCCGGCCCAUUAUGAGUAACCACACCGCCACUCACAUCCUGAACUUCGCCCUGCGGGGGACGCUGGGGGAGGCAGAUCAGAGGGGCUCGCUGGUGGCCCCUGACCGUCUGCGCUUCGACUUCACCGCCAAGGGCGCGCUGAGCACCGGGGAGGUGCGGCGGACCGAGGAGAUCGCCUGCGCCAUGAUCCGCGACGCCAAGCCGGUGUACGCGAUGGAGGCUCCGCUGGCCGCUGCGAAGGCGAUUCAGGGCCUGCGAGCUGUGUUUGAUGAGACGUACCCUGACCCGGUGCGCGUGGUGUCUAUCGGAGUUCCCGUCCCGGACCUGCUGGCUGACCCAAACGGUGCCGCUGGGUCGCUUACCUCCAUCGAGUUCUGUGGAGGAACUCACCUGCAGAACUCCUCCCACGCUGCUCCCUUUGUCAUCGUGUCUGAGGAGGCCAUCGCCAAGGGCAUCCGCCGCAUCGUCGCGGUAACUGGGGCCGAGGCUCAGAAGGCCCAGAGGAAAGCAGACUCUCUCAGGCAGGCCCUCUCUGCUCUGGGGGAGAAGGUGAAGGCUCAGACCGCCCCCAAUAAGGAUGUGCAGAAGGAGAUUGCUGACAUGACAGAGACUCUGGGCAUGGCGGUGAUUUCUCAGUGGCAGAAGGAUGAGAUGAGGGAGGCUCUGAAAACUCUGAAGAAGACGAUGGACGACCUGGACCGCGCCAGCAAGGCAGACGUGCAGAGGAGGGUGUUGGAGAAGACAAAACAGAUGAUUGACAGCAACCCCAACCAGCCCCUGAUUGUCAUGGAGAUGGAGAGCGGAGCAUCUGCCAAGGCUCUGAAUGAGUCUCUGAAGCUUCUGAAGACUCACUCCCCCCAGACCGCCGCCAUGCUCUUCACUGUAGACAACGAGGCGGGCAAGAUCAUCUGUCUGUGCCAGGUGCCCCAGGAAGUGGCAAAUCGGGGUCUGAAAGCCAGUGAGUGGGUUCAGGAAGUCUGCCCCCUGUUGGAUGGGAAAGGAGGUGGCAAAGACAUGUCUGCCCAGGCGACAGGCAGGAACACGAGCUGCCUGCAGGAGGCGCUGCAGCUGGCCAGCGAAUUCGCCCGCCUCAAACUGGGUGACGUGCAGAACUAACUCUCAGAGAACAGGAGGGCGGGAGGGGCCCAGGGAGGUCCCUGCUCCCCGGCGUGUCCCAGCUCCACAACAACUCCAGACAUGACGUUGUACAGGAACUUUAACUAAUCUCAUAGGAAGGGAAGCAGCUGGUGCCCCCUCCCUCUUCGGAGGGGAACAACCGCAGUGCAUGUUUAGAUAAACUGCUUUUUUCCCCAUUCAUCUCCUCGUCCAGUCAUCCUCCUCUCACAUCUGUUGUCCCAUCCCCCCUCUGGCUGCGUCUGUAUGGGGUGGGUGGUGUAGAAUAGGGGAGGGAGCGGGAUCAAAGCGUUUUACUUAUCGCUGUGCAGCUCUUUCCACCCCCCCCCCCCCAAUCUCUCUGGGCUGCUGUCUGCAUUUAUGAAGUCACUUCCUGCUGGACAAUAAGACAAUGUGUGUGUCCCCCCACUCCACCCACAGCUGCCCUGUGACCGCGGGGUGGGGCGGUGCUGCUGGUGACGGUGUGGAGAGUCUGCAGCCCUCCUGACAUUUGCAUCCGGCCACUCAAACACAGCAGCUACAGGCCGCUGGUCCCUGUACUAUAGCUCUCAUUCUUGUGUUGUGUCAAAUGCAGAAUAUCACUGUAAUAACAAACUAAUGAAACAGGAAGGAGUCGCCUGUGUGUCCCUGUGGAGGGAGGUUUAAUGCCACUGAGUGUGUAGUUCUGACGUUGUGACCUGUUAUUGUGGGCUGCUGUCUGAAUCCUGGAAUAAAGCUGUCAGUCACAUGCA